CUGCAUGGCAAAUCUUCAAGACGUUACUAACACCUUGAUUAAUGAAACUAAAGUUCUUGAAAAACAAUCAUCAUUUGAGGAGGAUGAGGACUGUAAUGAUGACGAGAUAUAUUCCGUUUCUAACCCACCUUCUCCUCAAAACAAUCGUCGUCAAUCGUUGGAAUCAAGUGACGUAAGCGAUCCAGCUGCGAACUCUGACAUGUCUGCACAAACUAAAUCUGAUGUGAAUGAUGUGAAUGACGGUCGAUCUGAUCGUGAAAGUGUCAAUCAUUGCAAUGACAAGACAUUACAAACUCAAUGUAAAACUGGCAAAAUGGACGCGAAACUUGCGAGUUUACAGGCUAAUUCAUUAUUCAAACCUGUCAGCAGUGAAAAUAUAACAGGGGAAGAUCAACAGUUUCUUUAUGACGUCGUGAAUUCGGUGCUCAACGCCAACGGUGUUGGAAUGUUCAAGAAGAAACGUUUACGAGGUUUGAUGAUUAAGGAGUUGUGUCGACAAAAAGUCGUCAAUUGUUUCCUCCGAGAGAUCUCUGAUAAAACGAAAUCCGACAUAGUUUCUGACAAGUGUAUAAACAAGAAUGUGUUAAGAGGAAUGUUGGACGUUUUGCAAGGAGUUGUAUCCGGCUUGGAAAUCAGUUUAUCGAAUUUUGGAUUGGGUGGAGUGACGUCAGCAUAUCAUUUUCUCCGACUUGCUCACACGCAUUAUUAUGGUCGUGAAAUUAAAAAUUUCAACGCGGCACAAGAGGAAACUCUACGGGUAUCACCAACAGAAAGUCUUUCAAACCUAUCGGAUAUCUCCGAUGCAACUGUUUCAGCCAAUGGCAGUGGAGAUCGAUCAACGCUGGUAAUUAGCGACAGCGAACAGGACAGCGGUCAUUGUGAUGCCAGUGAGGCUUCCGAGCAGAUAUUGACGCAAACAAAGCCUCGAAAAUACGGGGAAAGAACGAAGAAACAUAUUUUCAGCGUUUGCAACUAUUUCGUACACAAAGUGACUUCACUGGAGUGAAUAUUCCAUCAGACAUUAAACACAGAGUGUUAGAUCGAAAAUAUUCAAAUAUUGAGACGCU